AUCACCCAAAUAAUGAAAUAACCCAUGUCUGCCAGUUCAGUUUUUCAAUUUUCUUCGAGUGUUAGUGAAUACAUCUUAACACGACCAGCUUUCCUCCGGAAGUGACGUUACCUGUUGUACUGGGGCUUCCGUUGGUCGUGUGGUACCAGCUUCAGCAAGCCAUCAAAGAUGACUACAGCUGCAAGGCCGACAUUUGAACCGGCCAGAGGAGGGAGGGGUAAAGGAGAAGGGGAUUUGAGUGCCUUGUCCAAACAGUACUCCAGCCGGGAUCUUCCAGGACACACAAAGAUCAAAUACAGGCAACCUACCCAGGAUGCCCCCGAGGAGGUGCGCGCCCGUGACUUCCGCAGGGAGCUCGAGGAGAGGGAGCGAGUAGCUGCUCGUGAGAAGACGAGAGAGAGGGGACCAAGAGAGCACACCACAUCCUCAUCCUCAUCUUCGUCAUCAUCUUCAAAGAGGCCCAGACUCGAUCAGAUUCCAGCAGCCAACCUUGAUGCUGAUGACCCUCUCACUGAUGAUGACGAGGAUGAAGACUCUGAGGAAGACAGUGAUGAUGACGACACUGCAGCUCUUCUGGCAGAACUGGAGAAAAUCAAGAAAGAGCGAGCUGAGGAGCAAGAACGCAAAGAGCGAGAGCAAAAGGCAGAGGAGGAGAGAAUUCGAAUGGAAAAUAUCUUGAGUGGCAAUCCAUUAAUUAAUUUGGCAGGACAGCAGCAACAGAUAAGCCCAGCGCCGACUGCAUUCAGGGUCAAGAGAAGGUGGGAUGAUGACGUUGUCUUCAAGAACUGCGCCAAAGGAGUGGACGAGGCACGGAAGGAGAAACGUUUUGUCAAUGACACGCUGCGCUCAGAGUUCCACAAAAAGUUUAUGGAGAAAUAUGUAAAGUAAAGGACUUGUGUUUUCAUUUGAUUAUUUGUCUUUUUUUGUUUUUUUUUGUAUCUGAUCUCUCUGGUCCACUUUGCCAAGAAUGGUAGUUGGCAUUCAAAUACACCCUAUAUUCAACUUCUGUAGUGUCUGUACAGUCAACAGGGAAAAUGCUGUAUAUAAAUGAGUUGAUGAGUAACCACUUUUGAGUAAAGCUUGUUUUGUUGUUUUUAAAUUCAAUAAACAUUCAUUUGGCUCACAUGAA